AGAUUUGCUUCUCCAUAUCCGUCCUAUCCCUCCUCGUAUCCCACACUUCUCGCUGCCAGUCAUGUCCAGUGCAGCAUCUUCCUCAACAGGUGCGCCUAAGCUCACGAAGAAGCAGAAGAAGGCUGCCGACUUCCGCAGUGGCGCCGGCAGUGGCGGGAAGAAGGGAGCAAAAGGACGACGUGAUGAACAGGAUGAUGUGCCCGAGGAGGAUCUCCUCGACGACAACGCAGCUGCGGGGCCGUCAGAGCCAGCUAAGGUCAGAGAUUCUGCAGCUGAUCCCGCUGAAAAGGCACCAGUAGGGAGCAAGAAGGCAGCUAAGAAGGCGGCAAAGGCGGAAGAGGAGGAGGGCAAGAAAAAGGGGAGCAAGAAAGACAAGGCUGAGCAGUCCGCAGGGGAUGCCGCUGCGAAUAAGAAGCGCAAAAGGUUUACAGGGGAUGAUGCGGCACAGGCGACAACCGCAUCAUCAUCAGCAAGCAGCAGCAAGGCAAAGAAGACGUCAUGGGACGAGGAUGGCGAAGCGAAGGAGACGGACGCUGCAGCGGAGGAUGAUACCAAAGCCGCGGGCAAGUCAGCGAAGCCCAGCAAACUCAUCGUCUUCGUAGGCAACAUGUCCUUCAAAUCCACGGCAGCAGAGAUCGAAUCUCACUUCAAAUCGCACUGUGGCGAGACUCCCUCCGUCCGUCUCCUCACGACCAAGUCCGAUCAAUCGCAGCUUUCCAAGUCCAAGCAGAAGUCGAUCGCAAAGGGCAAAGCAGCAGACACCACUGUCCGCUCCAAAGGUUGUGCCUUCCUCGAAUUCCAGACAGCAAAGGCACUUCAGAAGGCCCUUGGGCUGCACCACAUGCUCUUCGGCGGACGUCCCAUCAAUGUCGAGCUCACGGCUGGCGGAGGCGGGAGCAAGUCCACCGCCAGGAGGGAGAAGAUAGCGGAGAAGAAUCGUGUCCUCAACGAGGAGCGCAAGAAGUUGCAUGACAAGUACGUGGAGCCUGCCAAGGAGAAGAAGGACAAGGAGAGGGAAGAGAAGAUUGCAAAGGGGGAGGACGUGGGCCCGCCGAGGAAGAAGGCCAAGCAAGGGGAGGAAGGAGUGGCUCAGUGGGGUCCCAAGGCGGCUCCUGUGGAUGGCAAGAAGCCCAAGCAUAUGCCACGAUGGAUGGCAAGUGGGGCAAAUGCGGUGCGUCUCUCGGGAUGAGGAUGGACCCCAAUAAUGAUACAAUGCCUUGUCACGUCGCUCGAGCGCAAGCUGCUGGUAUUGGAGUGACAGUGCGGCCCCAGAGAGCCAC